AUGAGUUUCGUUCAGCGCCGCGCCCUCUCGACCCUCAUCCCCCCUAAGGCCAUCGGCGGCGCUCCUGACGCUCUGCGCAUGCAGCGUGUCGUCAGCUUCUACGAGAAGCUCCCCCGUGGUGCCGCCCCCCAGGUCCAGGCCAAGGGUCUCCUGGGCCGCUACCAGGCCAAGUACUUUGGCAAGAACGCGUCGGUGAAGCCCGUCAUCCACGCCCUCGUCUUCCUCGUCGGCAUUGGCUACGCCCAGAACUACUACUUCCACCUCCGUCACCACAAGAACAACGCUCACUAA